AUGCCAUACCAGCUACUUAUUGACCGAGAUGUGCUGUGUGAAAGCAACAAAAAGUUUUUCGUCGACUCUGGAGUGCUAAGAGUGCAAGAAUCCGAGAUAUCGUUAUCAAUUAGCAACAGAGUGGAUGCCGGUCCCUCCAAGCAGUUGAACGCAUUAUUGAAACGGUACGAUGACUGCUUCGCGGAAGACUUGUCGUCAUUGGGUCGCUGUAACAUGACCGAGAUGGAGAUACAGGUCACCACCGAUAAGCCUAUUUUGGGAAAACGCUACCAACUUCCAUUUGCACAACGGACAGUCUUGUCAUCGAUCGUGAAUAAUUUAUUGGAAUACGACAUUAUCCGUCCAAGCACGUCGCCACAUGCAGCCUCAGUGGUCCUGGUAAAGAAACACAACGGUGAGGAUAGAAUGUGUGUCGACUUCGGUACGAUAAAUGCAGUUACUGUGAAGAAACCGUUCCCAAUGCUGAUAUUUGUGGAACAGCUGGCGCGGCUGGGGAAAACCGCUAUUACACCACACUGGAUAUGA